GUUCUACUGAAUCGAAGAAACAUAUCAAAUCCACGACCAUUACUUAAUUUUCUCAUUGCUUCUGGUAAAGUUCGAUUACCCUGCAGUUUACCACAUACCAGACAGUUGAAGUUUUUGACUGAAAUGGCUUUGACUAACUUUGCUACUCGUAAUCUGAUAUUACUCGGUGUUUUGAUACUAAGCGGGGUGUGCAGUACCAGUGGACGAUCAUUAUCGAGUUAUUCACAAUGUGGGAAAGGGCAAUCUACAUUGAAGGCUGUUUCAAUGCUUUUUCGGCAUGGAGAUCGGGCACCUGGAAUGGCUUAUCCAUUGGAUCCUUACCGCGAUUAUCCUUGGCCAGGUGGUUAUGAAGCACUGUCACCGAGAGGAGCUGAGCAACUACAUGCUUCUGGAUUCAUAAAAUCCUCUCGAUAUUCAUCCCUUCUUUCUGCUAAUUGUGACUCAGAGGCUACUGGCGCUGUCGACUUGAAUAAAAUGUUGGUUUUGAGCAGCGCCGUCGAGCGUUGUGUCGACAGUGUUACAAACUUCGUAAAUGGAUUUGUUAGAGGCGAAUGGCCCUCAAGUUUAAUUAACGUAAUACCAAUAGAUGAGGAUGAAAUGUUAGCUGCACCUGGAAAGUGGUGUCCCAAAUAUAUAAAGCCCAUAAUAACUGGGCCACCCAUGGAUGACCCUGAAUUCAAGAAAGUCAUGGAUUUCGGAUCACCGGAGGGUAAGGAGUUUUUGGCUUAUGUGGAGAAGCACUCGGGUAUUCCUGUGUUUUGGUCCAGCAUCUUAUUAUUUCUUGCGGAUACUCUGACGGUCGAACAAGACAAUAAUCUUGAAUUGCCUGCCUGGACUGAACCUGUUUAUGAACCAUACCUCAAACCACUUUCUCUAAUAGUUUUUGAUGGUUUGAGCUCUUCCUAUUACAUGAAAAUUCGCAGUUCGAUUCUAUUUGCAAAUAUAACGAACAGAUUCGAUAAUCUGAUCUCAGGAUCUGCCGACCAGAAUAUUUUAGUGUAUUCAGCACACGACGCAAAUAUUGCUGGAAUGCUUCAUUUCUUUGGGGUUCGAGAUCAGGUCCCUGUCAUGCCUGCCUACGGAUCCUCUCUUAACUUGGAGCUUCAUGAAAAUUCAGAAGUAGAGAACGAUUAUGAAGUCAAGUUGGUCUAUUUUGCAUCUUACGACGAGGAAAACCCUGUUGAAAUCAACAUUCCAAAUUGUCCGGCACCGUGUCCUUACAAGCAAUUCAAGUUGAACAUUCAGCCGAACAUUAUAGAAGAGGAUUAUAAUAGCGCAUGCGCGAAAUAAUGAAUUGAGACAGAUUCCCUUUUAAUGGAGACUACACAGAAUCAGAAUCUCUGCUCACUAGGAGCAAAUUGUGUGAGUGAGUAAAACGGCAGCUCUCUUAACUUCGGUACGUUUUUGUUCAUGUAAAUACAUGCAUUUUGGGAGCUACUUACUCCCUUCUUCAGUACAAUUCCUAUUAAGUUUAUAUGUUUUUACCUAAA